AUGGCAGACACCCGGCUCCUGUCAGCGGUCCUCGUCCUGGGUCUGUGUGCCAUGGCGGGGGCCGAGAAACCUUCCCCCUGCCAGUGCUCCCGGAUGAACCCCGAGAACAGGAAGAACUGUGGCUUCCCCGGCAUCACCAGUAACCAGUGCUUUGCAGUGGGGUGCUGCUUCGACUCCAACGUCCCGGGGGUCCCCUGGUGCUUCCAACCCCUCCCGAAGGAAGAAAAUCAGGAGUGUGUCAUGGAAGUCUCGGCCCGCGUGAACUGUGGCUACCCGGGCAUCAGCCCGAAGGACUGCGCAUCUAAAAAGUGCUGCUUCUCCGACGUCGUCCCCGAAGUGCCCUGGUGCUUCCACCCCAAACCUGUGCAAGUAACAUGUAACUUCAGAAUGUGGUUACGAAACCCCUUCAGUGUCACCCAAGGCAUCCGGGACCACCUGCUUCUGGACUGA